GCUUCCUAGGCUAAGAGUGGAGAUGAGAGGUAAAGGUGAAAAUGGAGCCUCCAUGGUGUGAGCAGAGGAUCACAAAAGUCUCUCUAGCUGAGAUUCUGAGGUGUUUUGAACAUCCUAUAAGCGAGGAGCAAGCCUGGGCUGUCUGCUUUCAGUGUUGCCUUAAAAUGGAACAGUUGGCUCAGGGGCUGUGCCCACCACUCCACUCUGUAUUCAUAAAGGGUCCUGGAAGCAUCUUUAUCCAUGCUGAUGGUGCUGCUUCCUUCAAGGUGUACCACAAGUCUGAUGUUGGCAGCAUUCAGCAGUCAGAGGACAAGCUGUUGGAGUACUUGGGAGUGGUGAUCUAUGAAGCCCUGGACUGGGGAAUCGACAGCCAAGUGGAGCGAGAGCUGAGUGAUCCUUUGGAGAAACUGCUGUGCCUCAUGUUGAAACUGGAUGAUGAGGCAGUGAAACCAGCAGUCACCUUACAGGAUGUUAUCAAGGCCUGUGAGGAGCACUUGUCGAGGCCUUCUGAGGCUACUAGCCAUUAUGAAAUGACCUGUAGGAGUCUGUUUACUGAAUAUAUGGAACUUCAGGAGCUUGUGACCAUCAUCCAGACCUCCAAAGAGAGUCUGAGAAAAAUGGAUGUGGAAGACUUAGUGGAAAAUCCCCUUCAGAAGAAGGAAGAACACUGGGUGUCCCUGUGGCCCAGUGUCAUGCGUGAACUGCAGAAUGGUGUGAGGCUGCGCAAGGCCACUGAGCGACCGCAGCGUCAUGCACCUCCAAAAGAAUAUAUCCGCUCUCCCUAUGAAUUACUUUUAGAUGAUAUUCAGCACAAGAGGUACACCCUUCGGAAGGUGAUCGUUGAGCCGGGACUCAGGACCCCCAAAGCUGAUGUAGCUGUUCCCAAGCCUCAUCUAAAGCCUGUGCUGGAGAGGAAGCUGAAGGAGUGUGUGCCAUGGGAGUCUAGCUGGCAUGAACAGCUCAUGGCAGAAAUAAAACAACCACAGAAGCUUCGGUCAGCAGCAGCAAGGGAGAAUGGGAGCAGGCCCAAAGGUCUCGCUGCAAAUUGCGUAUGUCCUCCCAUGAGUGCACCCACACUAGGAGACGUUAAACCUAAUGGUUUCCUGAAUGCUCACCAACAGCAGCUGCCUCCUUACAGAGGAAGGUCCAAAUCUUUAGAGAGAGGCCUUCAAAGCAAGGAACUUGACUGUCCCUUUCCUCCCAAGUGGCCAUCACCAACCAUUGCUGAGCUGAUUGGAACCAGAUAUGCAAUGAUGGUGCUGGAAGGGCAAGGUUUCUUCCAAGGAGGUAGUGAUGGUGUCUUUCCAAGAGCUAAGAUCUGUUUCAGCUGCCAUAAGCAGAUGUUUCUUAAGUGGCCUUACAGCUGUUACCUCUGCAGCAGUGUUGUCUGCUGUGACUGCUGCAUCAAGAUGUCCAUGCCCUUCAGAACGUGUGUACAUCUCCCACUUCACUUCCUAAAACUUUUGAGGCUCUCCAGAGAGGAGGACCCAGCUACUCAAGAGCAGAAGAGCUCAGAGUUGCUACAUGAAAUAGAGCACUGGGAUUGUUUUGG